UCUUUGGGAGAAUGUCGAAGCCAACGCUGUAUUACGCCCUUUUUAGCCCUCCGGCCAGAGCAUGCAUCCUGAUAGCGAAGCUAAUUGGUCUGGAUCUGGACCUCAAGCCCGUUGAUUUCGCGAAGAAGGAACAUCUGAGCGAGGAGUUUGUGAAGCUAAACCCCCAGCACCAAAUCCCAGUGCUUGUGGACAGCGACGGUGAGGUUUACGUGGAUAGUCACGCCAUUGUGUGCUUCCUGGUAUCCAAGUAUGCAGGCGACGACCAGCUGUAUCCAAGGGAUCUGAAAAGGCGAGCCCACAUAGAUCAUCGCAUGCACUACGAGAACGGAGUGCUCUUCCAGGUGAUCAAGGACAUUGUGGCGCGAAACAUUUACGGUGGAGAGGGCGAGUUCAACCCCCGUUCUUUGACACUCUGCCACAACGCCUACUCCGAUCUGGAGCACUUCUUGCAGACUGGAAGUUUCGUAGUGGGCAGCGAACUUAGCGUGGCCGACGUGUCCAUCCAUACCACUCUGGUGACCCUGGAUUUGCUCAUACCAGUGGAGCGGGAGAAGUACCCGCAGACAAGGGGCUGGAUGGAACGCAUGGAUAAACUGUUGCCGGACAACGAGGAGAUCAAUCUCAAGGGUGCCCAAGCCCUGCAGACCCGCAUCCUGAAUUGCAUGGCUGAGAACAAAGCCAAGAAUCAGUGAUUCUUCCCUUGUUUUGCCUUUACAGAAUCUACAGAAUAUAUUGCCAGUUAAUUUAAAUGAAUUUCGAAACAAUUCUGUAAAAGCAACCUCUCUUAAUUGACUCACAUGUAUAAACUGGAAUUUAUUUGUAUUUUAUUGGUAAUUUGUUAGGCUAGUUGGCUUAAAUUCAUGCUACUCUAGAUUCUUAUGUCUUUUGAUUUGGAAGUCCAGUGUACAAUAUGUAUAUGUAGUUAGCGAGAGUUCCGAUUCAUGCAAAUUAACUAAACUUGCCACUAAACAGUUA